CUAAUCCAAUAAAACACAAUAAAAAGAACAAACACAAAAGGUUGUGGGGAGGCAUAGUGUGCCCUCUGUUCUUAUUCUUCUUAGCGUGCCUCCCCUCAGAUCUUAGUUUUCUGCAAGAUUUGGCAUCUGGGUUUUGCUUCAACCGGUGGGUUUUCGGGGAAUUUCGAUUCAAAGUUCGGAUCUUUUUGUAAAUUUGCUCUGGGUUUUGGAUCUCGCUGACUUCCCGAUUGAAAUUGUAUACGGGUUUGUCUUUUUCAGGUUUGCUUACUUGUGGGUCGGUUUCUUGAUCGAUGAACGAUCCGAUGUUUUUGAAUUGAAUCGAAGAUAAUGAUUUUUGUGUGGGAGAUUGAGUUGGUCGACUUGUAAUAAACAUAGGAAUAUGGUAUUGGAUUCAUAGUCUGAUUGGUUAUUCAUCUGCAUUUCAGUUCACUGGCUUGGAUUCUUAUUGCGAUAUCUUGGGUAUUGGGUUUAGUUGAUUUUAGUGUUGGAUAUAGAGUUGUUGGGCUUCUAAUAAACAUGGAAAAGACGUAUUAGAUUCAUAGUCGAAUUGGUUAUUCAUCUGCAUUUCCAAUUCACUACCUUGGAUUCGUAUAAACGAUAUCGCCUUAAUACCUUGAGGUAUGGGACGUGAUUGGAAUUUCAUUUGCUUUCCUUAAACCAAAUAGUGUAGAUUCUUUUAGUUAAUUUUGAUGGAUAUGUUAUUUUUUGUUUCUAAUGUAAAACAGUGAGAAGCUUAACCAAGAGAGGGACCGACCUUAAAUCCUCCUCGAGGAGAGACAAUUUAUCGAUUGGAUCCAUUAUAGAAUAUAUUGUGGUUGAAUUUUGUGUUUGGCAAUUUUUUUUGUUUAGUUCUUUUGUGAGAAACAUUCGUGCUUCUUCUUCUUUUGUGCGUUGAAUUGCCUCUAGUUCCAUGCGCGGUUGUGAUUUUCUGAACUUAAACUAAUGGAAGUAUUUUUGGCAUGUAGAAAAAUGCAAUCUGAUAGUGGUAAGUUAUUUAUUGGUGGAAUAUCUUGGGACACAAGUGAAGAGCGUCUCAAGGAGUAUUUUAAUUCAUAUGGGGAGGUGGUGGAAGCUGUUAUUAUGAAGGAUCGGACAACAGGUCGUGCUCGAGGCUUUGGCUUCGUUGUUUUUGCUGACUCAGCUGUUGCAGACAGGGUCAUAAUGGAGAAGCACAGCAUUGACGGAAGGAUGGUUGAGGCAAAAAAGGCUGUUCCUAGGGAUGACCAAAACAUUUUGAGUAGAACCAGUGGUAGCACCCAUGGUUCCCCAGGUCCUGGCCGUACAAGAAAGAUAUUCGUUGGAGGUUUAGCAUCCACCGUCACGGAGAGUGACUUCAAGAAGUAUUUUGAUCAGUUUGGGAUAAUCACAGAUGUUGUGGUUAUGUAUGAUCACAACACCCAGAGACCUAGAGGCUUUGGAUUCAUUACUUAUGAUUCAGAGGAAGCAGUGGACAAGGUUUUGGUCAAGAGCUUUCAUGAACUAAAUGGUAAAAUGGUUGAGGUCAAGCGUGCUGUUCCCAAAGAGUUAUCACCGGGUCCAAGUCGCAGCCCACUUGGUGGAUACAACUAUGGUCCGAGUAGGGCAAAUAGCUUCCUUAGUGGCUACAAUCAAGGAUAUCCUCCAAAUACCGUUGAAGGCUACGGACUUCGAAUGGAUGGUAGAUUAAGUCCAGUUGCUGGUGGUCGAACUGCCCUUCCUCCAUUUGGUUCUGGUUAUGGAAUGGGUAUAAAUUUUGAGCCAGGGUUGAGCCCAGGUUUUGGGGGGAGUUCAAAUUUUAAUAGUAAUCUGAGCUAUGGACGUGGUUUGAACCCUUAUUAUGUCGGUAAUUCGAAUAGAUUUAGCAGUCCAAUUGGGUAUGACAGUCGUAAUGGAGGAAACUCCUUUUUCAGCUCAGCAACUCGGAAUCUUUGGGGGAGUGGGGGGCUUAAUUUUGGCACCAACCCUGCAAGUUCCAGUGCAUACCAGGGACCAGGACGUGGGAGCAUUGCAGAAGGUACAUUUGUCAAUAAUGGAGUUAACUGGGGAUCUUCAGAAAUUUUUGCCCAAGGUGGAAACAGUGUUUCUAAUAAUAGUGGGAAUCUUGCUUAUGGAGGAGGUGAUAACAGUUAUGGUUUGGGAACAGGAGUGUAUGGAAGAAAAAGUGGUAACAGUGUAGCCCAAACAUCAUCUUAUGCUGCAUCUAAUGGUGGUUUUGAUGGGGCCUUUGCUGACUUCUAUAGUGGUGGUUCAGAAUAUGGAGACACCACUUGGCGAUCAUCAAAUGCUGAACAAGAUGGAUCGGGUCCCUUUGGCUAUGGGUUUGGUAGUACCGUUUCCAACGUUUCUUCUAAAACUCCUCCUGGUUAUGUUGGUGGUUAUAGUGUUAAUAAGAGAGAGUCAAAUAGAGGAAUUUCUGCAUAGGAGGAUCGUUUGGAUUUCACAACAUUGUAGGUGAAGAUAGUCUCGUGAAGCAGGUGAAUUGUGAAUGUCUCACACCCCAAUCAUUAAUAUAUUUCAGUUAAAACAUUAAGGACGUUUGGUUAUCUAGGGCUAACAGGAGUGCCUGAGUUGAAGAAUCAAAUUUAGAGAUAGAAGUUACAGGAAUUUUGUGUUAAGGCUUGGGAUUUGAGUUACCAUUUUAGGUUUUUUUUUCCUCUCUCUCUGGUACUUGAGUGAGAUGUAAAAUCAGAUUGCGGGAUGUAGAAGUGUAUCAUGCAUCUCUGGUGAGGCGGCAAUACAAAAACAGAUAGACUUGUGAUAAUUUGUUUUUUUGUUUUUUCCUAUUUUCCCAUAGAUUUUGAUAUGUAAUGUCUCUGGAAAAAUUGUGGGUUCUGGUUCAGGGAUGCGUUGUUUUCUUCUUGUACCCAUCAUUUUUUUUUUUGUUUUGGCAGCUUUUACUGAGGUGUUUGUUCAAUUUGAAGAUUGAAACAUUUAAGGGAUACCUAUCUUGGGAUCCCAUAAAUAAGUUACUCAGACACUGAUUCUUUUUCCAUGAUAAUAUUUUCUGUGCAACCGGUUCAAACUA